AAAUUUCGGUCGUUUAGUUUCAUUGAAAGCGAACAUGGUUAAUACAAUGUUAAUGGGUCUCGUGGACUGCUUUUCAACUUCUUUUCGGUAGCUCCAAGGCGAUAAGCUUAGGUCCAAAUCAGAAUUUGCAAACAUGAACAACGUAACCACCUUCUGCGUUGGAGUUCUACUACUCGUAUGUGCCGUCACUUCUGAGCUACUGUCGCCAUGCCCGAGGCUGUUUCGAUACGAAGAAAGGCCCCGGCGAAGAGGACCGAUGGUACGGAACCGCUGUAUUGAUGUCAGAAAAUAAACUUUACGGCGUCUGGUUCAAACUGUUUUUGGACAAACCUGCUACGCGAUUAGGCAACUGGUUCGGCGAAGUCAGAACGUACGACAACAAUACGCAAUUUUUAAUUUACAACUCGAAAUUCAUCCUGGAACCCAACGAGCCGCUGGUGGUAAACUUCUUCGUGGAUUACCAUCGGAACGAAACGGCUCCGCCGAAGCUGAUCAAUUUCAGAUUAAAUGGUAGGGAAAUGUGUCCUGAAUCUUUGGCAGUCCCGGCCCCCGUACCUCCGAGGAAGCUGUUCACAAAUCCACCCGCUAGCGAGGAAGCUACAACCAUUGCUGGAGGCAUUGUGCAAUCGCGGGAACCUCUUAUCGAGGCAACCAACGUGCAGCUGGAAGGUAAAAAGUCGAAAGAUGAUGAUCUCUGGAACGUGUUACUGAGGGUUGUCAGCGUGGAACGCGUCCGACGUCAGUCGUGACCGCCCCAGGGGACCGUUGACUUUAAUAAAU